GUUAUGAUUAGGAAGUAAGUAAGUGUGAUCGUGUGUUUCAUAGAGGAAGCUCGCUCGUGUUCAAGUCCUCCACGUUCAACCCACUUGAGAACGGGUGUAGCUUCACCUUUACAACCACAGCGGCCCUCCAAAUGACUUUAGCGACGACUUUAUUUUUAAUCUCCGCCAUUUGAAAUUUCGCUAACUCUGAACUUUUUGAGUUUCCGGACAGGGAGGCUGCUGCGCUCGUGUUUCGUGGAACCCCUGCCUCUGUGAUGGAGCAUCAAACCAUUCUCAAAACAAUUCUUGAGGACAAAUAUCAGAUACUAUAUGAUGGAAGAAUACUGCCUUCAAGACUUUGCUACCGGGAUCUCAAACAGGACUACCAAUUUUCUGAUUUGGACCAGCAAGAGUUUCGAUAUGUUGAAUAUUCCUGCGCUCACCCUUACAUAACUGUCCCGCUCACUGAUAUUUUAUCAUGUGACUGCAAACAUAAAAGCAGCAAAAAAACCAUCAUCACUCUUGGAGUGUGUGGAGUUGGAAAAUCCACAGCUGUGCAAAGCUGUGCUCUGGAAUGGGCUGAGGGGACAGGGUACCAGGAUAUCCACCUCAUCUUCCCUUUCACAUUCUGCGAGUUAAAUAAGGUGAAAUGCAAAUUGACUUUGAUCUCACUUCUACAGUUACUUUUCCCAGGAGUGAAGGAGAUUGACGCUUCCAGUCUAAAUCGAAAGGACGUGUGGUUCGUCUUUGAUGGACUGGAUGAGUUUCAUCGCCAGCUAAAAUUUGACACUCCGCCAGUGAGGGAUGUUUUUGAAGUAGCUACUGUGGAUGUACUCAUAACCAGCUUGAUCAGGGGGACUUUGCUUCCCAAUGCUCACAUCUGGAUAACAAGCGGGUAUGCAGCAGCAGGACAAAUCCCUGGUGACUACUUGCUUAAAGAGACUCAAGUACAAGGAUUCAGUGAUGUACAGAAGGUGGAGAUGUUCCACCUACUUCUGGAUAAUAUUGAUCUGGCUAACAGAGCAAUGGACCAUGUGAAAAUCUCCUGGAGUCUUGCCUCCCUUUGUCUGAUACCUCCAAUCUGCAUCACCAUGGCACUUGUUUUGCAGAGUCAUGUACGUAAUGAACAGAAUGUAUUUAAAAUCAAUCCUUUAAAUCUGACCCAGAUUUACUCAAAUCUAAUGAAAACAUCAAACUCUGACAUUAUUGCCAAGCUGAAAAAGAUGGCACUGCUUCGGUUGACAGAGCGAAACGUAAUUUAUGAGGAAGAUCUUUUAAAGAGUGACAUAAGUGCAAAGGAAGCGUCCGCUUUUGCCAAGAAAUGUCCGCUUAUGUUGAGAGAAGAGAAAGGGGUGUUUACCACAGUGUUCCGCUUCGGUCACUCAAGCAUUCGGGAUUUCUUCGCUGCAUGUGCUAAAGUGGACGAAAUUCAAGCAUCAUCUUUCCCGCCUACUUAUUGUCAGACUAUCUUGGACGAGGCAUUGAAAAGUGAUGCAGGGAAAAUGGAUGUCUUCCUACGUUUCAUAUUUGGUCUUCUUAAAGAGCGUCACAUGUUUACGCCCGAUCAUCAGCUGCUUAAAUACACCAAGAAGAAGAUCCUUGAGAAAGUUAUGACUUCGAGGGCAGUGGGUCUGCUCCAUUGUCUGAGGGAAUAUGACCGCAAAGCUUUCGUGCAUGAGAUCAAGCUCUUCCUAAAGUAUGGCUUGUCUCCAAUUGAGGGUUUCGCACAAUUGCAUUGGCAUUUCUUGAUCCAAAGGACCACCGCUUAUGAUUGGAAGAGGCAGUUAUUUGUGAUGGAUGUAUCCAUGAGAAGUGAUGAAUGUCUCCUCCUAGACCUACCAGCCCUCAUGAAAUCAACAAAAGUCAUGCUGCGAUUCUCUAACCUGACAGACAAGUGUUGUCCAGCUUUGGCAGCAGUUCUGAGCUCAACUGAGUCAUUCGUGAAAGAGCUGGACCUAGGAUACAACAACAUCAGUGACAGUGGAGUGAAGACACUCGUGGAGGGGCUGAACAAUCCAAAGUGCAGACUGAGAUCGCUCAGUUUGCAAGGCUGUGAAGUGACCUCCCAAGGCAGUAAAUACCUGGCCACCGCCCUGAGACAGUCCCAGAGACUGCGGCAGCUGGAUCUCAGCAGGAAUAACAUAGGAGACGAUGGACUACAUAACCUUUCAAAUGGUUUGAGAUCUCCUGAAUGCCAGCUAUCAGUACUCAAACUAUCACAGUGCAACAUUGAGCAGAGGGGCUGCUCCUAUCUGGCCUCAGCUCUGGAGAAGAACCCCGACCAACUGACAGUGUUAGAUCUAAGCAUCAAUAUGAUCGGAGACAAGGGGGCCAAUGAGAUCUUUAAAAAGUUUGAUAUUUCACAGCUGACAAAGCUGGAGAUGUACCACUGUGGCCUCACCGCGUCAAGCUGCAAAGGCAUCGGGGAAGCUCUGAGGAGUGAAGGAAGCACCCUGGUGGAACUCAACCUGAGCAACAACAACUUGGAAGAUGACGGGUUUACGCUCCUCUGCUUUGGCAAGCAUGCAUGGUGUUGUUUGGAAAAACUCAACGUCUCAAGAUGUGGAAUCACUGCACUCAGUUGUAGCGCUUUGUCUUAUAUGCUUUGUACACUGCCACGGUACUUCUUUGAAACGACGCCCCCAAUUCUGUUCCACCCAAUCCACCUGAUGGACCUCAACCUCAGCAUGAACAACGUCGGAGAUGAAGGAAUCAAAUAUUUUUUGGAUGGACUGAAGAAUCCCUACAGCCACCUGAAAAUUCUCAACCUCAGCCGCUGCAGCCUCACUCAAGACUGCUGCGCUGAGCUUGCAUCAACAUUUUCAUCAAAGGAUAGCUGCAUGACUGAUCUGGAUCUGUCUGAAAAUGACCUGCAGGACAAGGGAGUAAGGAAACUCUGCGUGGGACUCAGAAACCCUCAGUGUAAACUUGAGAAGCUGUCACUGCGGACCUGUGGCCUGACCUCGAAGAGCAUUCAGUACCUGAUGAGUGCCCUGAGGUCCAAUCCCAAAUAUCUGGCAGAGCUACAUCUGAUGGGCAACAGGCUGGAGGACCCGGAAAUCAGAGCGCUCCUGGACCUAACAAAGAACCAAACAUACGAACUGCAAACAACAGAUUUGUCACAAGAUUGAGUAAAGCAGAGUUACGGGCUCAAAAUCAUAAGUCACAAUCAGCUGCCACCACGAUCUAGAAUCAUCCACAAAUUCUUACUGAACAAGUGUUUUCUGUGCCGGACACGAUGAGGCUGCAUAAAACAGACAAAGGGAAAUGAAUGUAUGAAUGAUGUUGUCAUUAAUCUACUCUUGUGCCUGUACAUAUUCAUUAUUUUUUACCAUAGGCUGU